GUCAAUCACCACCACCUACACAACUAGCAGCAAUGGCCCCUAAGCCCGCUUCCACUGCCGGCAAGGCUCCCGCGUCCACUGCCUCGAAGGCGCCGGCGAAGACAACCUCCGAGGGGGGUGCGAAGGGCGCGAAGAAGACCGCCAAGGCUGCGAGCGGCGGCGCAGGCGGCGAGGGCGAGAAGAAGAAGCGUAAGAAGGGCCGUAAGGAGACUUACUCCUCCUACAUCUACAAGGUGCUUAAGCAAGUACACCCCGAUACUGGUAUCUCCAACAAGGCCAUGGCCAUUUUGAACUCGUUCGUGAACGAUAUCUUCGAGCGCAUCGCUACCGAGGCUUCCAAGCUCGCAUCCUACUCCAAGAAGUCGACGAUCUCAUCCCGCGAGAUCCAGACUGCCGUCCGCCUUAUUCUCCCCGGUGAGCUCGCGAAGCACGCCAUCUCGGAAGGUACCAAGUCUGUAACAAAAUUCUCGUCUGCGGGUGCGAAGUAGAUUUUCCUGGGGCCGCCGUUCGUCACUGUUGUAUUAUCUUGUACUUUUUAUUUAUCCUAUAUUUCGG